GCUGCGGUGAGUUUAGCUGUGAACAUGUCCGGCAUGUCUUCGGUCCAGCAUCUCAGAGAGUUCAUCAGCGAGCGGCUGGCUGCCGCCGCGGAGGAAAUCUUCUCGGUCUUCCAGAGAACCGUCGCCCAGUACGAGGAGGAGCUGGACCGCCAGCGCAGGCUGCUGGACGGCGCCUGGAGACCGGAGGUUCGGCUGGACCGGACGGACCUUUCUCACUAUUUCCUCCAGAAGCAAGAAGAGAUUCCUGCUGAGCUGCAGACCAGAAACCAGAAGAUGGAUCCCAAUGUGGCCCAAAAGGAACCAGAAGGUUCGGAGGCGAAAGAAAACCAGGAAGCACCAGAAACUUUCCAGAUUAAAGAAGAACAAAAUGAACCAGAAGCUCCACAAGUUAAAGAGGAGCAUGAAGAGCUCUGCGCCAAUCUGGAGGAAGAGAACCUGGUUCUGAUGCCGAUGGCGGCUUCCUCUCAUGAAGAAAGUUUGAACACUGAACCAGAGCCGGACCAGAACCAGCUUCAGCCUGACAGCCAACCAGAAACACAAGAUCAGAAUGAAAACUUGACUAACGACUCUGGAUCAUCUGGAAAUGCAGAACUGGAACUGAAAAAUGAUCAGAGCACAGCUGAUGAGGAGAAGUUGUCUCUGAAAUGUGACGUUUGUGGAAAAUUAUUCUCCAGAGCUUCUAAUUUACGUUCUCAUUCCAGAGUUCACACUGGAAAGGAACCGUAUUCCUGUAAAGUCUGCAAGAAAACCUUCCGAGAGAAGUAUAACAUGCUGAGCCACAUGAGGACGCACACGGACGAGAAACCGUAUUCCUGUAAAACCUGCGGCCGAAAUUUCCGCUUUAGAAGCAGCUUCAUGGUCCACAUGAGGACCCACACAGGGGAGAAGCCAUACUUCUGCCAGACCUGCGGAAAAAGGUUUCCCGAACUGCAAUCACUCAAGAAGCACAUGAUGAUCCACACCGGCGAGAAACCGCAUUCCUGUAGAACCUGUGAGAGAGGCUUCAGCAGCCGCAGCCACCUGGUGCGCCACAUGCAGGUUCACUCUGCAGACCGGCCGUACCAAUGUCAAACCUGCGGGAAAGGCUACGGCUGCAGCAGCCAUUUCCGCAGGCACAUGAUGAGCCACACGGGCGAGAGACCGUUCGCCUGCACCACAUGCGGCUUGCGCUUCAUGCGCAGCAGCAACCUGAAACGGCACAUGAGGAACCACUCCGAAGACAGGCCGCACUUCUGCAAAACCUGCGGUAAGACGUUCUCCCUGCGGUCGGCGCUGUCCAAGCACAUGCUGAUCCACACGAGAGCCAGGCCUCACGCGUGCAACACGUGUGGAAAACGAUUCAUGAAAACGUUUCAUCUGAGGCGCCACUUGAAGACUCACGUGGCUCCAAAGCAUCUUUUGGAAGGAACCAAUCAGUGAUCAGCUCCUGCUCUGGCUGCAGACCAGAUUCAGCUCAUCAGGUCGACACGCUGGACUUCAACUAAAAGAGUUUCAGAGACAUUUGAUUUUGAAAGUCAGGAUUUUCUGCGCCAACAUAACGGAUGGAUGUUCUUAUUAAAGACUCGCUUCAUCAUUUUUCUACUGUUUGAAAUGAUAGAAAAGAAGGAAAGUUACUGGUUUAAAACUUCUGGUGGAAUCAGGAUUUUUUUGUCAAAUAAAUAGGAAAUUAUUUUGUCCUUAUCUCUUAUAUUUAGAUUGAAUAUGAGCGUGCAUGUUUUAUAUGAAUUGUAAAUUCAACAGAAUAUUUUUUGUUAUUAGGCACAACUUUGUUUAAACAGUUUCUUAAUACUUGAAUCCAUCUAUCAUUUAGCUCAGGGAGAAUGUGAUAAUACAUAAAACAUAGACAUAUUAAUAUGUCUAGAUGGAUAUUGAUGUAUAGAUGGACAGUAAAGUGUAUUAGCACCACUGGGACUCUUGACUUAUUUCUCACUAUUGUGACUUUUUACCCUCUGGAUGUUGGCGACGGAUCAGGAAUCUUUUUCCUGCUCGUGGAAAAAUCCUGCCAAAAAAUAAACAUUAAAGCAUUUCCCAUCUUAUUUUAUUAUCCAUUGGAACAUGAAUUAUCAUUUAACAGUAAUAAAUUUACAUUAUCACUA